UGAACUUUCGUUCCGUGCUUAUCUUCAUCGGCACUUCAAUCUCCGCAGUAAAGGACUAAGUUAUUUUACUUAGUUUGCUGAGUUGCAAGUCUUUAGCAGUCUGCAUAUGCUAUUUCGUGAAGGUGUAAAUGGGAUACAGAUAGCCCUCACCAAGAUUGAUACGUUGUCGGCACUCUCAGGGUUCUCUUUUAUUUAGUGAGCUGGUGAUUCAUGGCUUUACCCUCCAAACUUCCAUACCAGCUCAACCUCUUCCGAACUUUUUUGAAUGCAAAAGUCAAAUGGGUUCGAGACCCAUAUCUUGACUCUGUGGUGGAGAAAGAGAAGAAUCUCAAACAGGCAAUUUUCCUCAUGAACCAUAUUAUUUCAUCUCCUUCUGAAUCUCUUCCCGUCUCCACUGUUUCUCUGUUCAAAUCUCCUCUCAACCUUCCCACCACGACAGCCAAAUUCAUUGAUAAAUAUCAUUCAAUCUUCAUGCAAUUCCAACCCAGACCUGGACUACCUCCUCAUGUCAAGCUUACUCCUCCAGCCUUGGCCCUCCACAAAGAAGAAUUGGCCAUUCAUAGCUCUAUAAACAUCCGUCAAGAUAUUGUUAAGAGGCUUACAAGGUUUUUAAUGCUUGCUGGCAUUUCAAGAUUGCCCAUUUAUAUAAUUGACAAGUUCAAGUGGGAUCUAGGUCUUCCUCAUGAUUACAUAACAGUGCUUUUGGCUGAUUACCCUGAUUACUUUGACAUUUGUGGAGUGGAAGAUCCAUUGACAGGGAAAGAAGUGCUUGCCUUAGAGAUUGUUUCGUGGAGAAAGGAGCUUGCUGUGUCUGAGUUGGAGAAAAGGUUAAUGAACUCGUAUUAUGGUGGAGGAAAAAGAAGGCAUGAUAUUGCAUUCCCAAUGUGUUUGCCAAAAGGUUUUGAUUUGGAGAAGAGGGUUAAGACGUGGUUUGAGGAGUGGCAAUCAUUGCCUUACAUUUCUCCAUAUGAAAAUUCAUUUCAUCUUGAACCAAAUAGUGACCAGGCUGAGAAGUGGGUAGUGGCGAUUUUGCAUGAAUUACUUUGCCUUCUUGUGUCUAAGAAGACAGAGCGGAAAAAUUUGCUGUCCUUAGGAGGGUGUUUGGGGUUGGAGACAAGGUUUAGGAAGGCUUUGGUUCAUCACCCAGGAAUAUUUUAUAUUUCAAAUAAGAUUAGGACUCAGACUAUCGUGCUUAGGGAGGCUUAUAGAAAGGACUUUUUGGUUGAAAAGCAUCCAUUAAUGAGCACGAGAUAUUGGUACAUUCAUCUCAUGACAAAAGUUGAGAAUUACUUGAAACCUGCUAAGAUGAGGGAUAGUCAAGAAGUUAAAGCCUAGGAAUGGAACUGGACAUGUUUUGAGCUCAACUAGUUAAA